AAGUCUUUCUGUUCUCAAGAAAUUAAGAAACUGAGAAAAAAAAAAUGGGAGUGCAAGGUCUUUGGGAGCUUCUUGCUCCUGUAGGUCGUCGCGUCUCCGUCGAAACCCUAGCCAACAAACGAUUAGCCAUCGAUGCGAGUAUAUGGAUGGUACAAUUUAUCAAAGCGAUGCGUGAUGAGAAGGGAGAUAUGGUUCAGAACGCACACUUGAUCGGAUUUUUCCGAAGGAUUUGUAAGCUUUUGUUCUUAAGGACUAAACCGAUCUUCGUCUUUGAUGGAGCUACUCCGGCAUUGAAACGUCGUACUGUUAUUGCUCGUCGUCGUCAACGUGAGAAUGCUCAGACUAAAAUCCGGAAGACUGCUGAGAAAUUGCUGCUUAAUCGGCUUAAGGAUAUUAGGCUUAAGGAACAAGCUAAAGAUAUUAAGAAUCAAAGAUUGAAGCAGGAUGAUAGUGAUAGAGUGAAGAAACGUGUGUGUUCUGAUUCUGUGGAAGAUAAUUUGCGAGUUCCUGAGGAGGAUAAGCUAGAUGAAGUAUCUCCAGCAUCUUUGGUGGGAGAGGAGAAUGGUGUUGAUGAUGUCGUCAAAGAGCUCACGAAGGAUGAUCCCAAGGGAAAGGGAGUUUUGUUGGAUGGGGAUGACCUAGAUAACAAAAUGAAGAGUAAUCUUGAACAGGAUUCCUCAGUACAGGGGAAGGAUUAUCAGGAAAAGUUGGAUGAGAUGUUGGCGGCAUCCCUUGCAGCUGAAGAAGAAGGAAACUUUACUAGCAAAGCAUCAACUUCAGCUGCAGCAAUCCCGUCUGAGGAAGAGGAUGAGGAAGAGGACAGUGACGAAGAUGAGGAAAUUUUAUUGCCAGUAAUGGAUGGGAAUAUUGACCCAGCUGUUUUGGCUUCUCUCCCUCCAUCCAUGCAACUUGAUCUCCUUGUUCAGAUGAGAGAAAAAUUGAUGGCAGAAAACCGGCAAAAGUACCAAAAGGUCAAGAAGGCCCCUGAGAAGUUUUCUGAAUUGCAAAUAGAAGCAUAUCUUAAAACUGUAGCUUUCCGUCGGGAAAUAAAUGAAGUUCAGAGAUCUGCUGGUGGAAGGGCUGUUGGUGGAGUUCAAACUUCUAGGAUAGCUUCGGAAGCAAACAGAGAAUUUAUAUUCUCGUCUUCUUUUGCUGGUGAUAAAGAAGAACUGGCGUCUGCCAGAGAAGGAAGAAAUGAUGAAAAUCAAAAGAAAACGUCACAACAGUCUUUGCCAGUCCCCGUCAAGAAUGCUUCCUCGGUGAAAAAAUCAGAUGCUACCAUUGAGUUGGAUAGAGAUGAACCUAAAAAUCCUGAUGAAAAUAUUGAAGUAUAUAUAGAUGAAAGGGGACGUUUUAGAAUAAGGAACAGACACAUGGGAAUCCAAAUGACACGUGAUAUCCAGAGGAACUUACAUUUGAUGAAAGAAAAGGAGAGAACAGCUUCUGGUUCUAUGGCUAACAAUGAUGAAACAUUCAGCGCCUGGGAGAACUUUCCUACUGAGGACCAAUUUCUUGAAAAAUCACCUGUUGAGGAAGAUGUUGUGAACCUGGAGAUCCAGAAUGAUGAUUCCAUGCUGCAAAAUCCAUCUUCAAUAGAGAUAUCAUUUGACCAUGAUGGUGGUGGAAAAGAUCUCAAUGAUGAAGAUGAUAUGUUUCUUCAAUUGGCAGCGGGAGGACCAGUGACAAUCAGUUCUACAGAAAAUGAUCCUAAAGAAGACUCUUCACCGUGGGCUUCUGACAGUGAUUGGGAAGAAGUGCCUGUUGAACAGAAUACUUCUGUCUCUAAGCUUGAAGCUAAUUUAAGCAAUCAGCAUAUCCCCAAGGAUAUUAGUAUCGAUGAGGGUGUAGCAUGGGAAGAAUAUAGUUGUGAAAAUGCCAAUAGCUCCAUGGAGAAUGAUACAGUAACAAAGAUCACAAAAGGCUAUCUGGAAGAAGAAGCUGAUCUGCAGGAGGCUAUCAAGAAAAGUCUUCUUGAUUUACACGAUAAGGAAUCCGGGGAUGUCCUUGAAGAAAAUCAAUCAGUAAGGGUAAAUCUUGUUGUUGACAAGCCAAGCGAAGAUAGUCUUUGUUCUAGGGAAACCGUUGGUAAAGCUGAGGAAGAGGGAUUUCUGGACGAAAUAACAAUCUUGAAAACCAGUGGUGCUAUAACUGAACAGUCCAACACUUCUGUAGCGGGCAAUGCAGAUGGUCAGAAAGGGAUAACCAAACAAUUUGGUACACACCCUUCUUCUGGUUCUAAUAACGUUAGCUGUGCUGUGAGCAAUGAAUUGUCAAAGGUAAAAUCAGUUAUCUCACCGGAGAAAGCAUCAAAUGUUGCUAGUCAAAGCCGCAUGCUAUCCACCAUGGCUACACAGCACAAUGAAGAAGGUUCUGAAAGUUUUGGUGGAGAAUCUGUCAAAGUAUCUGCUAUGCCCAUAGCUGAUGAGGAAAGAACUGGUUUUCUUGGUGAAAAAGGUAAUGCUGAUGGUGAAUCAUCUAUCAUGAUGGAUGAUAAGAGUGAUUAUAGUAGACGUAAAAUCCAGAGUCUUGUCACUGAAUCAAGGGACCCUUCUCGUGAUGUCGUCAGAUCGCAAAUAGGGAUACUACAUGACACAGAUUCACAAAAUGAAAGAAGGGAGGAAAAUAACUCUAACAAGCACACUUUCAAUAUUGACAGUUCAACAGAUUUUGAAGAGAAAAGCGUGCCUGUUGAAUUUUCAGAAGCAAAUAUAGAGGAGGAAAUUCGAGUUCUCGACCAAGAAUUCGUAAGUUUAGGUGAUGAACAGAGAAAACUUGAGCGGAAUGCUGAAUCUGUGAGCAGUGAGAUGUUUGCAGAAUGUCAGGAGCUACUCCAAAUUUUUGGCAUACCGUACAUCAUAGCUCCCAUGGAAGCAGAGGCACAAUGUGCGUUUAUGGAACAAUCAAACCUUGUUGAUGGCAUUGUCACUGACGAUUCUGAUGUAUUCUUGUUUGGAGCAAGGAGCGUGUACAAAAAUAUAUUUGAUGAUCGCAAAUAUGUGGAGACAUACUUUAUGAAGGACAUUGAGAAGGAGCUAGGCUUGAGCAGAGAUAAAAUAAUCCGCAUGGCAAUGCUUCUAGGAAGUGAUUAUACAGAAGGAAUCAGUGGUAUUGGUAUUGUCAAUGCUAUUGAAGUUGUCACUGCAUUUCCCGAGGAGGAUGGGCUUCAGAAAUUUCGUGAAUGGGUUGAAUCACCUGAUCCAACCAUUUUAGGAAAGACUGAUGCAAAAACAGGUUCGAAGAUAAAGAAGCGUGGGUCUGCCUCUGUAGAUAAUAAAGGAAUCAUCUCAGGUGCCUCGACUGAUGACACCGAAGAAAUAAAGCAAAUCUUCAUGGAUCAGCAUAGAAAGGUAAGCAAGAACUGGCAUAUUCCAUUGACGUUCCCUAGUGAGGCUGUUAUUUCAGCCUACUUAAAUCCACAAGUGGAUCGGUCGACUGAGAAAUUCUCAUGGGGCAAGCCUGAUCUUUCUGUUCUUAGAAAGCUAUGCUGGGAAAAGUUUAAUUGGAACGGCAAGAAAACAGAUGAUCUGCUACUACCAGUCUUGAAGGAGUAUGAAAAGCGCGAGACGCAACUUCGGAUGGAAGCUUUUUAUUCCUUUAAUGAAAGAUUUGCAAAGAUCCGUAGUAAAAGAAUCAACAAAGCUGUCAAAGGAAUUGGCGGAGGUCUAUCGUCAGAAGUGGCUGAUAGUACUCUCCAGGAAGGUCCAAGAAAACAAAAUAAGAAAAGAGUUGCUCCUCAUGAAACUGAAGAUAACACCACUUCUGACAAAGAUUCACCUAAAGCCAAUGAGAAAGUGAAAAACAAAAGGAAGCGCUUAGAAAAACCAUCUAGUAGUAGAGGCAGAGGCGGAGCCCAGAAAAGAGGACGAGGAAGAGGAAGAGGAAGAGUCCAAAAGGAUCUCCUUGAGCUAUCAGACGACACUUCUGAUGAUGAUGACAAGGUAGUAGAUUUAGAGGCAAAACCGGGCAAUCUUCAGAAAGUGCGAAAGUCAACACGAUCUCGGAAUCCUGUGAAGUACAAUGCAAAAGAAGACGAUGAAUUGGAUGAGUCAAGAAGCAAUGGAGAAUCCCUUAGUGAGAAUUUCGAAGAGGUUGAUGAAGGCAGAAUAGGAAAUGUUUCUGCAGAAAGAACACAGAAAGAAGCAUCAAUCAACGAUUGUCCAUCUGAAGAUUAUAUUCAAACGGGAGGUGGGUUCUGUGCAGAUGAAGCUGUUGAGAUUGGAGAUGCUCAUAUGAAAGAUAAAGCUACCGAUGAUUACAGAGUGAUCGGUGGCGGAUUCUGUGUUGAUGAAGAUGAAAUAGCUAAGGAAAACACAACGGAUGAUGCAGAGAGUCUAAAGAUGGAGAGUGAAGAACGACGAAAGAAAGGUAAACGUCAAAAUGAAGAUGCAUCAUUGGAUGAGAAUGUUGAGAUUGAUUUUGGAAAUUCUUCAACUGGAGGAUUAAGUGCUAUGCCUUUCUUGAAGAGAAAAAAGAGAAAAAACUGAAAAACUUUGUUUAGUUUUAUAUAACAGUAAAUGGUAAAGUAAUUU